CAAUGGUGCCCGCAGGUGUCGGCGGUCGUACCACUCGUGGACAACCUGUCGACGAAUGUAGAAUGAAUUACAUCACCACAAGCAUUCCCCGCAUUCUGGGGUAAUAUAUAAACUAUUUAAAGAGUUGACAUUUCUGAAUUGCAUUCCAGGAGUUUCAAUUCUACAUACAAUUAUACAUACAAUUAUUCAAUUAUCGCAAUUACUUCACAGAUUUCCACUAUGGACAAUAUGGACAAGUACAAUUCUCAGUGGGUCUCGUUCCACAUUCGGGACCACAUCAAAGAUGGGGAGAUCCUAGUGCAGAACACUGUCAUUGAAGGCGGCGAGUUUGCCGACCCCAACGACCGCCGCAAGUCGCUCACUGAAGAGGAGAUCGACGAGAUCAAGAUCUCCCCUGAUGGCGUUGGCGAGAUCGGUGCUAGCAGCCGUCGCGGUAGUGAGGGCCGCCUGGACUUAUUUCAUGACAAUGACAAGAUUUGCGAGCUCCACUGGGAAAACCGUGGUGGAGAGUACGCCAACUUGGUUGAGGUGUUGGACAAGAGCGACAAGUACACCAUCCAGCAUGGAGGAUGGAGUGCUGAGGCUGGUCCCUUGGGACAUGUCUUUGUCGACGUCGAGGAGAAGAAGAGAUAAUUGCGCUCCACAGGCUGCACCAACUCCCUACUUGGGCGUUGGAGAGCGAAAAGCGUUGCGGUCCGUGGAGCAUAAGUGGCAAUAUUUGGCGGGGAAAGUUGGAUGUAUUCUCAAUACCGUAAACAAACCCAAAAAUACCAAAAACAAUGCAAAAUUUCGAAAAUCA